UCAAGGUCAUUUCCAAGAUGGCGGGCUGGUGUUAUGAUGGAUGUCACACUUGGGGCGAUUAAAACCCAGCGCUAAAACGAUAAAAUGAAAAUAUAGUAUAURUUAUAUUCAUCAAAGAUAUCAAGUGAAAAGUCUUGGUAUUGUCGAGAAAGCCAUGUUUCGUGUGAAGAAGAAGACUUUGCGGAGGGAUGUUGUGGAGGUUGACAAUGUUCCUGAGAUCACAGAUAAUCAAACAAAGAAUCCRUUCACAGAAAUCAUGUUACUGUCUGGUCAUGCUGACAUCGUACAUCUGCUCAUGGUCAUUGAUAACACAAGGCUURUCUCUGCCGCUGAUGAUAACACAGCGAUAAUAUGGGAUGUACAGACAGGAAAAAAGCUUCAUGUUCUACAACACCAUACACGACGAAUCACCUGUAUGCUUGUGAUGCACCAACCACAGGAAUAUCAAGGUGAAGAUAUGCCRUUAUCUUCUGUACUUUUACUAACAGGAUCGUCUGACAAGACGAUUUGUGUAUGGGAUAUUGAAGAUGGUUUGUGUUUACAUAUCAUCACUGAACACAACAGCUCUGUAAAGUGUUUGGUAGCCAUGAAGGAAGAAAACAUGUUUUUUUCUGGUGGACAGGAUUUAUGUGCRUGGAAUGAACAGGGAACUCUUCUUUAUAAACUAGAGAGGACAGCAGAACCUUCUGAUAUCCAUACCAUGCUACCCAUCAAGAACAGCAGGAUUGUAACAGCUUCAGAUAAAUCAUCUUUGAUGGUGUACUGUAUAGUGAGGUCACCUGUUGAUGCUAAAGACUCCUCCAACAUUAGAAUUGAGCCAUUCAAGAAGCUCUCACCACACAGGGAGUCCAUCAGGUGUUUGAUCAGUGUUGCAGAUAGUAUGAUUGCUUCUGCCUCACUGGAUGGAGCGAUUGUGAUAUGGAGCACUCAUUCUCUCUCCUACACCAGACAACUAAACUACAUGAAGAACUAUGAAGGAACAGAUCACAUGUAUCCCUACAGUGUACAACACUUGUUUGCUGUUGAUCAGAAGUACAUUUUUGCUUCCAUUGGCCGUGGAUUCUUUGUGUAUGAUGCCAUGUCAGGUGACUGUCUUUCUCGGGUCAAAUCAGCACAUCAUGGUAAARUACUUCACUCAGUACUCCUAUGCAAUGGAUUUCUUCUUGCAACAUGUUCACAGGAUGGUUCUGUCAGAUUAUGGGGUUCACCAACUCCUGUUCUUGUUGGUGGAGGGAGUCAACCUGUUGGUGGUGGGUCUUGUAUAGAGACUUUUCUUGGCUUAAAUUUAAAAGAACUGCAAGCCUGUAAAGAACCCACUGUGCCUACCCUUCUGGGUGAAUGUUUGGCUCACUCAGGGACUGUGCAUACGGCAGUGGAUUGUGGUAUUGAAGGGUUUGCAUCAUGUGGAAGUGAUGAUCUUGUAGUCUUAUGGAAGAAUGGAACAUUACAGAGACAGAGAAGAAAUGAAACUCUAAGACAAAUUCUGCUCUACGAGUACAGCAUGUAAUAUGGAAAAUACAUAGCAAUUUACUGAUUAUGCUAUAGAAUAUACUUUUGGGCCAAAAAUGGCCAAAAAAGACCCCUUUUCUAAAAUGGGGUAAUGUCUUCGCUAUGUCUAAAAACACCCAAAAUCUAUAAAAACCUUUUUAGCCAAAA